UCCUUAAAGUCAUGCCUGGUGAAGAAAGUUCUCCGAGAAAACCGGCAGAAGAUCGUAGUGAUGAGAAGUUCAGCCGGCCCCGAUGGCGGUUUGCUCUGAUCGCGGCGUGCACCGUGGUGGUGGCUCUGCUGGUCAUCAUCGUCCCCACCGCAGUGGUACUGACCAGGACGGACCGGCUCCACCCCGUGUGUCCCGCCAUGGACGAGCGGGAGAGGGUCGACUGUCACCCCGAGGGGAAGGCCACCAGAGACCGGUGCGAGGCACGGGGCUGCUGCUGGAGUCCGCCGGCCGCUCAGGGCCCGCCCAGCUGCUUCUACCCGACCAACCACGGCUACGAGCUGGACGGGGAGGUGGCGAAGACGGCUACGGGCUACAGGGCCAGGCUGCGCCGCCUGAAAAGCCCGCCCACCCCGUACAGUGACGACGUGGGAACGCUGGAGGUGCUGGUGGAAAUGCAGGAAGAGCAUAGACUACACGUGAAGAUCCUAGACCCAUCCUCUGCCCGGUACGAGGUUCCCGAGGCGGCCCUGAGGGUCCCCAGACCCGGGGAGGCGGUGGACAACCCCCUGUAUGACGUCACCUUCACACACCGGCCCUUCAGCAUCAAGGUCACCAGGAAAAGCACAGGGGCAACAAUAUUCGACACCUCGGUGGGAAAGCUGACGUUUUCCGACCAGUUCCUGUCCGUGUCCACCCGGCUGGCCAGCCCUAACCUGUACGGACUGGGGGAGCACGUCCACAGGCGAUACAGGCACGACCUCAACUGGAAAACUUGGCCCAUCUUCAGCAGAGGAGCCUCCCCUAAAGGGAACUUUGAUAACCUGUACGGACACCACCCGUUCUACAUGUGUCUGGAGGACUCUGACGGCAACGCGAACGGAGUCUUUCUCCUCAACAGUAACGCCAUGGAGGUGACGUUACAGCCUCCUGUGACGUUAGUGAAGUCCCAGAUCCGUGACGACAUCCUGGACAUGGAGAGGGUUGCCAUGCCAACCGUGACGUACCGCGUGAUUGGCGGGGUGUUGGACUUCUACAUGUUCCUCGGUCCCUCCCCGGAAAACGUCGUGCAGCAGUACACGGAGAUGAUCGGGCGGUCCAUCAUGCCUGCAUACUGGGGCCUGGGCUUCCAGCUGAGCAGAUGGAACUAUACUAACAUCGACAAGCUGCGGACAGUGGUGCAGCGGACACGCGACACAGGCAUCCCUUUUGACGUCCAAUACGGUGACAUCGACUACAUGGAGGACACGAAGGACUUCACGUACGACGCGGAGCUGUACCAGGGACUUCCGGAUCUGGUGCAGAACCUUCAUGAUCAUGGGCAGAAGUACAUCAUUAUUCUGGACCCGGCCAUUGGUAACACAAACAGGCGGGACGGGUCGCCUUACCUCCCGUACGAGUCCGGACUGCAGGCCGAUGUCUUCGUCAAGAACGCCGACGGAGUAACCGACCUGGUCGGGGAGGUCUGGCCCGGGACGACAGUGUUCCCAGACUUCACCAAGCCGGACACCGUGCAGUGGUGGGGCGAUCACUGCGAGAGUUUCCAUAAUGUCAUCCCGUACGACGGGUUGUGGAUUGAUAUGAACGAACCGAAGACGUUUAAGAAUGGUUCCUUGACGGGAUGCGGGGACGACAUGUGGAACUACCCUCCUUACGUGCCAGCGAUCAAAGGCAAGCUGAUGUACGAACGGACAUUAUGUAUGGACACGCUACAGUACUGGGGCAGGCACUAUGACGUACACAGUCUGUAUGGGCACAGCAUGGCCAUCGCUACUAGAUCCGCUAUGAGCAGAGUGUUUCCUGACAAGCGUGGGAUCAUCAUCACCCGUGCUAACUUCGUGGGUACCGGACAGUACUCCGGGCACUGGCUGGGAGAUAACAAGUCAGCCUGGGAGGACAUGGAAUGGUCCAUCACGGGAAUGCUAGAGUUCGGACUGUUUGGAAUACCAUACAUCGGAGCGGACAUUUGCGGGUUUCUCCUGGACACGACGGAGCAGCUAUGUCAGAGGUGGAUGCAGCUCGGCGCUUUCUACCCGUACUCGCGUAACCACAACCAUAACGACUUCAUAGACCAGGACCCUGCCGUCUUCAGUCAGACUAUGAUCGACUCGUCCCGUGACGUCAUGAUGACGCGCUACACCCUGCUGCCCUACCUGUACACGCUGUUCUACCACGCCCACGUUGCCGGGACAACGGUCGUCAGGCCACUCCUACACGAGUUCCCUACCGACUCCAACACGUGGGACGUUGACCGGCAGUUCCUGUGGGGCAGCGGACUGCUCAUUUCUCCUGUACUAACGCCGGUAGGAGACCUUUAUGCAUGUCUAAAAGGUGGAGAGAUGAAGACCUUCGGGGUCAAAUACCUUCACGUUGCCGUUGUCGUAGUCGCUGACGAUGAUGUGGUUGCUGCUGUUGACGUCCACGUGGAGGAUGGAGCCCAGAUUCUUCUGACCCUCACCUUUGUCUCCGAACUUCAGCAGGACUUCGCCGCUGGGACUGAGGACGAAAACCUGGUGCCCGAUGGUGACGAUGAUGCGUCCCAAACCGUCAACAGUGAUGCCUUUUGUAGUUUCCUCUGCCUCUUCAGCCCCUGUCACAUCGAUGACACUACCAGCAUCUGCUUGAAAAGUUCCAGAAUGGAACGAAGAAAUAUUUUAUCCCAAUACCAAUAUUUAGAGCAGAUCGUUCGAUGGAUUGUAUUGAAAUCACACGAUGUUCAUCUUCUCUAUCAUCUACAGGACACCACCACUGUGGACGCGUAUUUUCCGGACACUCGCUGGUACUACUACUUCUCGGGUCAAGAGGUCGAAGGUCAGUACAGAGGUCAGACGGUGACCCUAGAUGCUCCGCUUGACAAAAUCAACGUUCACGUUCGUGGCGGAGUGAUUCUGCCGACUCAGCAACCUGCUAACACCACGGUGUACAGCCGGAGGAACCCGAUGGGCCUGCUGGUUGCCAUGGACGACUCGUCUGCAGCAUCCGGGACAUUGUUCUGGGACGACGGGGAAUCUAUUGAUUCCGUAGAGCGCCGAGACUACGUCCUUGUCAACUUCAAUGCGUCAUCGACCGAGUUGCUGUGUGAAGUGGUGAACGUCCCUCUCGGUGGACCCACAGCUGGACACUGGGCCGCUCUCCGGUACGACACCGUGUCAGUGUACGGGCUCGCCCUCGGAGCAGAGACGCCUACGGUCCGAGCAGGCCCCGUGAACGGUCCGCUGCAGACAGUCGCAGCAAGCAGAGUACAGUACGAUCAGGAUAACCAGAUUCUUCUCUUAACUGGCCUCAACGACAUGGACCUGAAGAUCACCUCCAGUCUACGGGUUACUUGGGGUUACAGGUAACCAACGGAUAAAUAAGUAGGACGCUCGCAUGCGCAAGGACACAACAAGGGGUCAACAUGGGGUCAAAGGAAGAAGAAACCACGUCAUCACGCACACCAUUGGGUUAGUCGUCUCAAAGAUCAACACAUAAAGUUCGUUUUGUUUUUGCUAAAAUCUAAACUUUAUUCCUACCUGUAACACGACUGUCCAGCUGACUACACCACAGCCGUCAUCAGAUUGUAGUGACCAAUCACUUAUCAGGACACGUGACCACAUGUCACGUCAGCUAUUAGUUUUGUUCUGUUCUGUUAAACAAUUUGUUGAAGGUUACUUUUUAUGACAUAGUGUCGGUGGUAGCCCACAGUAGGGGUGUUGGAUUGCAUUUGUAUACCAAGUCUGAGUAAAGUUACAAAACAUCCUGGUCUUCUCUACGCAGUGUCUUGGUAAGACAUGGUAUCAAUUGUUAACCAAAUAUUGGGUAGGAAAAGCGUCUACUGUGUAAUAUAUUGACCAUGACAAUGAUUGAUCUUUUAAAGAGUAGAUUAAGUGAUAUGCUGUAAAUAAUUCUCUUAUCGAUGAUAAGGAAAACAAUUUUAUAGUCAAUUCACAUACAAAUAUAAUAACGAAACAAUCUUCGAUAGCCAUUGUAAAUAAGAGCAGCAUUGAAGAAU